GAAAGGCCGCUUUCGCAACGCUUCGCGGUGGAGGAGAAAACUCGUUACCUUAAGGGUGAUCUUCACUCCUUGACAGCGUUUAGCCUCCGCACUGCGAACCUCAACGCUUUGCCAAAUUGCCACGCCUUCCGCCCGGAGACCGUCCCCCCCGCCGUCAGUUCCAGAGUGGUGUCGGCAGGAAAAAAAAGGAGCGUCGUCGCAUUUCCAUAUAUCUGAGGCUACGUUGGCAACGACCACUUCACAACCAUGCCUCCCAAGGGGAAACCCACCAAGAAUGAAGUCAAGGCAAAGACAAAGUCUGCCGACGACAAGACGUUCGGUCUAAAGAACAAGAACAAAUCGACAAAAGUUGGGAAAUAUGUCCAGCAGGUCAAAGAGCAGGCGGCUACCAUCGGGAAUCCCAAGCUGAAGAAAGAGGAAGAGGACCGAAAGGCCCAAAUAGCAAACAAGAAAGCGGCGGAAGCGGCCAAGAAGGCAGAGUUGGCGGAGCUGUUCAAGGUCGUGCAGGUUCAGCAGAAGGUGCCUUUUGGCGUCGACCCGAAAACGAUUCUGUGUGCGUUCUUCAAGAAUGGGACUUGUCAGAAGGGGUCAAAGUGCAAGUUCUCGCACGACAUGAACAUUGAGCGGAAGGCGACGAAAGCUGAUCUGUACACCGAUGCUCGAGACGAAGAAAAAGACCAAACCAUGGAAACAUGGGACCAAGCCAAGCUCGAAGACGCGGUCAACAAAAAGGGCGCGAUCGACAACCGGAACAAGCCGACGGACAUUGUGUGCAAGUACUUCCUGGAAGCGAUCGACUCGCGGAAGUACGGCUGGUUCUGGGAAUGUCCGAAUGGCGGGAAGGAUUGCAAGUACAGGCAUGCGCUGCCGCCCGGUUUCGUGCUGAAGAAGAAGGAGACCACCGAGGAGCGGUUGGCCAGGGAGGAGAUGGAGAAGGAGAACCAGAUCAGUAUCGAGGAUUUCUUAGAAACAGAGCGCCAUAAACUCGGCUCCAACACCACGCCCGUAACAGCCACCUCCUUCGCGGCGUGGAAAGCAGACCGCAAACAACGCGAAGCCGCGGAACAAGAAUCCGAGUCCAAGCGCAAAAAGGAGGCGUACGACAAGUACAAGGCCGGCAUGAAGACCGGGAUGGCCUUCUCCGGAAAAGAGCUGUUCGACUUCAACCCCGACUGGGCCGUCGGCGACGAGGACGAGGAUGCCAUGGACGAGUAUAUCCGCGGGGAGAGCGAUCAUGAGGAGGAGAACGCGGCCGCUGCGAGCCCGAGCGCGGACGCGGACGCCGCCGUCGGGGUCGAUGAGAACCUGUUUGAGGAGGAGAUGGAGGGGCUGGAGGAUGAUGACGAGUAAGGAAAUCAUCGCCGUUCCGCGCGCGUGGGGCGGUUUCCCCGGGGGGUUGG